GAUUUUUUAUGUCCACCACGUUUGUAAAUAUUACUAUUAAAUAUCAUUAUUGGAAUAAUGGAUACAGUUUAUUUACACCACAUAGAUAAUUUUUUACUUUCUUAAAGUAAACAUGUGCACUUCAAGAAAUUUAUCAUAGUUCUAGAUAAUGAACUAUUUUUUAGGUUACAUUAAUAUCUGAACUGAACAUUGCAUAAUUAAAUUGAUCUGCAUUGUCUGUUACAGAAACUGUAGAAAUGAUGCAGAACGUAGACUCGUGUUGAGAAAAUAUAGACUAAUAAUAUUUAAUUUAUCCAAAAUCAGUUUUUUAAUAUACCAUGGAUUUAUACUGUUUCAUUAAUGGCAAAAAGUUAAUUCAUUCAGCAUUAAUCAUGGCCUUAAAAAGUGAAGAUAAAGCUUACUUAAAGAAGAAAUUAAAAGGGGUUAUCUUUGGCAGUGUAAUUGAUGAUACAGGAUCGACUCUUCUUCACGAAGCUGCUUAUUCUGGCAGUCCAGUUGCAGUUGACUACUUAAUAAAUUCUGGAUGUCAAAUAGACGCCCAAAAGGACGAUGGCUCAACUCCAUUAAUGUUGGCUGUGGCGAGAACUCAAGUUAAAAACGUAGAAUUGUUGCUCGACGCUAACGCCGACAUUCAUAAAAUUCAUGACAGUACCGGCCAAAAUGCAUUGCAAAUGGCUUUAAAAUCUUAUAAUAGUUCCGAAACAUUAAGGAUCAUGAAGAUGUUUCUUGUUAAAACAAAAAAAAUUUGUCUCUCUAAUGAAGAGCUAGCAGAUAUUUUAUUGAGCUCUAACUGUGUUUUAGAUCGAAUUAUGUAUUUAGGUAAUUCAAAUUUAACGAAAGUAAUACUCGAUCGUGGUUUUAAUGUUAAUGUGAAAAAUUCCGAGACUGGUAACACUGCCUUGCACAUAGCUGCAAAAUUAAAUGAUGUGAAAAACGUUUCGAUGCUAUUGCAGUAUAAAGCUGAUGUGAAUGCAGUGAACGCCGUUGACCAAGUACCGUUCACGUAUCACAUUAUUCACAGGAAGGUACAAAACUUAGUAAUCAUGUAUAAUAUAAUUCCCGAAGACAUAAACUGGACGAGUCCAGACAAAGAAGACCCCCGGAGACUUAAACUCUACCCAAUAUUCGCUAAUGGUACCGAAGAAACGAUAAAUCUGUUUAUUAAAAAGUUUAAGGUUAAUUUCAAGGUACGAGACCACUGUGGUAGAACAGCUUUACACUACUUGUCUUUUAACAACAACAGAAAAGCUCUGAAACCGUUGCGGUACAUAAAUUUUGAUAUAAACGCUAGUGAUAUUAACGGGGAAACUGCAUUGCACGUCGCGGCAAGGCAAGAGGCAUCGUACGUUUUGGAAUUUUUGCUAGACAAGAAGGCAGAUGUCAAUGCAUUAGAUAACAAUGGCUAUUCACCUUUAUUUCACGCAAUUCAUAAAAAAGGAAAGACAUCGCGUCGUGUAUGGUGCGUCAAUCUUCUCAUGCAGCAUCAUGCCGAUGCGCAAAUCAUAUCUGAAAGUAAUGAAACGGUCAUUCAAAUGUGUAUUGAAUUGAAAAAUUAUAAUUUGGCCGAACCUAUUUUAGCACAUCUUGCAAUAUUAGAUGAAUUCGGUACACCCAUCAAUGAAAUCAUUCAACAACAGAUCGACUCAGUAAAGAGACUUAGAGACUUUUAUAAAUCGUGUACGCGACAAUUAGCAAGAAUGAAAGAGGAUGUGAUUUUUGAAAACAAGACAUUAUUCGAUUUUUUAGCUGAAAGACAAGAAGAAAAAAUCUUUCAAUAUGUACGUAGACCAGAAGUUGUUGAAAAAUUUAGACGCAACACGUUUAAUUCAAGUUCAUACUAUUGUAAUUUAUUAAGAUAUCGUUAUGAUAAGGCUGUAAUGACGAAUAAAUUAAGAAAGAAAGCUGCUUCGAUAAUUAGUGGAAUUAUAGGCCGUUUUGACUCAAAUCAUAUUGCCAUGCAAGCAAUAAUUGAAUACUUAGACUUUUAUGAUUUAAAAAAA